AUGUCAUGCAGCUCAUUUUGUAAAAUCAUAGGGCUGAGUUUGAGAUGUCAUAGUGAUGGGUUUAUGAUGUCAUAUACAUGCUGUUUCAGUGACAGUGAAAUAGGUCGUAUGCCUAUGGGGUUUGCCCGCACGUCCACUACUUUCUGCCCGAGCGAGGUCGUGACUUUUCCCGCCCCGAACUGUAAAAAUGAGUCUUUGUUUAACUGUACACUUGUGUUGUCUGUAUGUCUAUGCUGUGUAUGUUUGUGUUGUUUUUUGUGUGAAUCGUUUUUGUGUGUGAAUGUUUGUGCUGAGAACAAAGAUGGCCUAAUGAAGUUAUGUCGAGAGAGUUCCGAACCUUCGUUGUAUGCCUGCAUUCAGCGCCAGGAAGCAGGCAACCAGUGCUGCAGCAAAGCAACAGCAUCGUGUGGCGUUGUGUGCCGAGGAAUCUACAUCACCGGCGGAGGAAGCACCCGAGCCACCCGCACUAUACUGGCCCAGCACUGUAACUCCGGCAACAAACCCGUGGAGCAGUGUGUGCACAAACAGUGGCACCCGCAGAGUGGCAACUCGGAGAACUACCUGCCCUGCUGUGAUAAAGCCCAGACAUCUCAUUGUCGGUCUACCUGUCGUACUGUCUUACAGACUGUCAUGUCCGAAGAUGACAUCGUGGAUGAACUGAUCCAGGCUUGCUCCCAGCCCCAGCCCACGGACCCACUGUGGCAGUGCUUUCUCAACAACCCGAACACCAAGAAGAAUGACACCACACCCAUGGCACGUAUUGACAAUGCCAAACUACAGUGCUGCGGCAAGGCAUCUUCUCACAGGUGUAGAGACCUUUGUACACAGACAUACAAGAGCGGCUGGUCCUACCACACAGAGUUUGACAGUAGUUGCUCCUACAUGCAGCCUGUUUCAACAGUAGAAUCAAACUUACACAAUUGUCUGGCUGAUGUGGACCAGCCAUGUAAGCUUGGAUGCAGGGGUCUGUCAUUUUGUAGCAACUUCAACCACCGGCCCACCGAACUGUUUCGCAGCUGUACAACCGAAGCUGAUGAUUCUGCCUACAAAGUGUACAACUCCUGGAAAAAUGGGGUUAUUCAUUUGCCUCAGAUGACGAUCCCUGUUAAAGAUAUCAGCCAGUGUAAACCAGCCAUGUGGAAGGCUAUGGCGUGUGCCCUAGAGAUCAAACCCUGCAGCUCCCAGCAGAGCCUUUUCACACUGUGCAAAGAAGACUGUCUGUUCAUCUUAACUAAAUGUGUGGAUGCCACAAAGCUGUCAGGGGACAAAACUGUGCCAGCUCUUUGUAAUGCUCUCCCCUCAAAACACAUACCAGGUGCUUGCAUUUCUAUGGAUGCAUAUUUGUAUGAGAGCCCCCAUGCCAGUCACACGCUGGAGGUGAACCAUCCAUGUAACCCCAACCCCUGCUCAGUGGAUGAAGUAUGUCUUGUGAGGCGGCGCAAGUGUAAGCAUUCAGAUGAUUGUCUGCCGUAUGUGUGCCACAGAGCUUGUCCCCUGGGCCAGGUUUCCAAGGUUCUGGUACCAAAAGGAAGUAGUGUUAGACUAGCCAAUCUGAAUGAAGCACUAAGCGAGGAGGAUUGUCAUGUGACCUGUCACUGCAGCAGCCGUGGCCAUAUUGAGAAUUGUAAACCUUUGAUCUGUUUACGACGUGAUAUGUGUGUCCUAGGACAUGAUAAUACCAGAGAGCACGGUGAACAGUUCACGGUGGAUGGAAGUCAAUGUAUCUGCUACGCUGGGAAAGUGUUGUGUUCCAGACGAUCUUGUCAACCGGAUAGUCACUCACCUUUGUACACAGGAAUGCCUGGCAACUGUCCAACAGAGUAUGCGCCAGUUUGUGGAUCUAACGGAAGGACUUAUCCUAACUCCUGCAUGGCAAAAUGUGCAGGUGUCACGAACAUUAUUGCCAACAAAGCAUGCAGUGAUGAAGAUGUCUGCACUCACAAACCAUGUCCUACAGGACUCAAGUGUGUGCCUCGCCAUCAGACCUGCUUGAAUGAGAUGCCUGGAGAUUACUGCCCACAAUUUGAGUGUGUUGAUGAGAUAGAGGGAUGUAACUCCCAUGUUCAUGAUCCAGCCUGCAGCAGUACCAAGGAGGAGUUCACCAACAUCUGCAUGCUCUUCACUCACAGAAGGACUCUGGGAUACAGGGGACAUUGCCAGAGUUCCUGCUCAGAUGUGGGAGUUGUCUGUGGUCACGAUGGAGAGACUUACAGUAGUGAGUGUGCUGCCAAGGCUGCCAGGGUAACUGUGGACUACUUCAGCAGGUGUAGAGCAUUUGGCAAUCUCACAGCUGGUAAAACGACCAAGACAUUAUCCUGCAGUCGAGUGAAGUGCCCACCUGUGUAUCCUAGUGACUGUGUUGGGAUUGUACCCCCAGGAGCAUGCUGUCCUAUCUGUGCCACUCAGCUGAAGUUGUUGUGGGACCCUCGCUUGAUGUCUGCAGCCGCAGCCCACACACCCUCAAAGGUCAUCUCCACAAUGGAUGUUCUGAACAGUCUGUCAGACCAUGUGUCACUGGUGGAAUGUGACAUCUUUGGCUAUGUCAGUGUCAAUGGAGAACUCAUUGUCAUAAUUGCUCCGGUUGUGACAAAUCCUUCGGGGCUGCAGGUUGAAGCAUGUCAGAGUGAGGCAGGAAGAAUCCACAGUCUUCUCAAAAUAGGCAGCCCAAAUAUAGUAUCUUACUUAACCCUGUCACCCCUGUUACUUUCUACAUUAGAACGUUCCACUGUGACUUUACAUACGUUGAACUCCAUGUAUAUUUCUGACCCAUACAGCCCAUCAGAUUCAGGGGAUAGCAGCUUAUCCAUACAUGCCAGUGACUUUCCGUCCAGAUCUGUUUUUGUGAUGUUUGUGAUAGUUGUUUGCUUUUUAUCAAGAGAGUGGUUGUAG